UAUUACUGAUAAGAACUGAUAUGCCUGUAGGCUUCAGAUUUGCAAUAUCUGGUUAGUCAAAAUUGUCCAAUUAAUAUGGAGGAACAACCAACAUCGUUGAUUAAACUAGUGGAGCAAAACGAUCGUGAACAUGGGGUUCAAGAAGUGCGAAUUGCUGUGCCUUUCGGGGAGAUCGCCGGAAAAUGGUGGGGACCGAAAGACGUCCGUCCGAUAAUUUGUUUGCAUGGUUGGCAGGAUAAUGCUGGAACAUUCGACACACUAAUUCCUCUGUUGCCGAAACAUAUGAGUUUUCUGGCAAUCGAUUUUCCUGGACACGGAUUUUCGUCUAGGAUUCCCCACGGUAUGAGCUAUCAAACCAUGGGGUCCAUCUCGCUGCUGCUGGGCAUCAUGGAAGAGUACGGCUGGAAAAAGGUAUCGUUAAUGAGCCACUCGAUGGGAGCAGUACUCCAGUUUGUUUUUGCUGCCAUUUUUCCGGAAAAAGUUGAUUUAAUGAUUUCACUCGAUUCAUUGAAGCCUCAAAUCAUGAAUGCAGAGUUGGUAGUAUCACGUCUACAGUCUAACAUUCCUCAGAUCAUAAUAGCUGACCACAGGAAUCAAGAAAAAUCGGAGCCUCCCUCUUACACCUACUCUGAAUUGAUCGACAGACUUCACGAGGGUACCUACAAAUCUAUCAGCCGUGAAACUUGUCCAUUUUUACUGCAUCGAAACAUCAAACCUAGUGUCAAGUUUCCAGAAAAAUAUUAUUUCACCCGGGACAGUCGAUUGAAGUACCACAUCGGUACACCUUUCUCGCAUGAGGUGAUCCUAGACAUGGCCAAACGAAUUAAAAUGCCGUUCUUAUUCUUGAAGGCUACGCAAUCGCCAUAUUUUGAGGAUAAAAAGUAUUAUCAAGAAGUCGAGGACUUGCUGCGGGCUGGAAAUCCAUACUUCGAGAAACAUAUGAUCGCAGGACAACACCACGUGCAUUUGACUGAUCCGGAAAGGGUGGUUCCUAUCUUGUCCUCGUUUUUGAGCAAGUAUUGGCGAGAGGACCGAGAUGUGGUUUGCAAGUUGUGA